UUUUAUUCUCCAGGAAGUGGACAUUUUAUCUUUUGAUUCUCCUUGCACCUUCCUCGUUGGGGCAAACGGAGCCUUUUCGCCCAGCUUCCCUCUUUUCUCGGAAAAUUCCCAACUCGGCACCGGAGGGAGACGCCCCGACGGACCCUCCUCUGUACUUUGGAGAGUAGUGUCUCCUCCAGAACCGCCGUCCUCUGCGCGCAGACCCUGGAGGAGCUGGGGGCGUGGGGUGGCCACCAGGGCAGCCAAGCCUAGAGCACCCCACACUGCGCCGCGCAGACGCCCCAAGAGGCGCCGGCCCUCGCAGCCCGGUGCCCACCGGCCUCGGGGGCAGGCGCCGGCGUUGGUCUCCGAGGAGCGGGAAGGCGCGGGCGGCCGCCGGAGUUCGGGCGCCGCCGCAGCACGGGCCCAGCUUCCUCCACUCUCCUCCCUCAAGCAUCCUUUCAAUUCUCCUUUCUUCCUCACCCCUUUCGUUGACCCCUUCUCUUUCCUGCUGUCGCCUCGGGUGCUCUCCCAGCAGAGCGGAGAUUAUAGAGUGGUCGGCAUGCCCCAGCUCUCCGGGGCAGGAGGCGGCGGCGGGGGAGACCCGGAACUCUGCGCCACGGAUGAGAUGAUCCCUUUCAAGGACGAGGGCGAUCCCCAGAAGGAGAAGAUUUUCGCUGAGAUCAGUCACCCCGAAGAGGAAGGCGACUUAGCCGACAUCAAGUCUUCCUUGGUUAACGAGUCCGAAAUCAUCCCGGCUAGCAACGGACACGAGGUGGCCAGACAAGCACAAACCUCUCAGGAGUCCUACCACGACAAGACCCGAGAACACCCUGAUGACGGAAAGCAUCCAGAUGGAGGCCUCUACAACAAGGGACCCUCCUACUCCAGUUAUUCUGGGUACAUAAUGAUGCCAAAUAUGAAUAAUGACCCAUACAUGUCAAAUGGAUCUCUUUCUCCACCCAUCCCGAGAACAUCAAAUAAAGUGCCCGUGGUGCAGCCAUCCCAUGCUGUCCAUCCUCUCACCCCCCUCAUCACUUACAGCGACGAGCACUUUUCUCCAGGAUCACACCCGUCACACAUCCCAUCAGAUGUCAACUCCAAACAAGGCAUGUCCAGACACCCUCCGGCUCCCGAGAUCCCCACCUUUUACCCACUGUCCCCAGGUGGUGUUGGACAGAUUACCCCUCCUCUUGGCUGGCAAGGUCAGCCUGUAUAUCCCAUCACGGGAGGAUUCAGGCAACCCUACCCAUCCUCACUGUCAGUCGACACUUCCAUGUCCAGGUUUUCCCAUCACAUGAUUCCUGGUCCUCCUGGUCCCCACACAACUGGCAUCCCUCAUCCAGCUAUUGUAACGCCUCAGGUCAAACAGGAACACCCCCACACUGACAGUGACCUGAUGCACGUGAAGCCUCAGCAUGAACAGAGAAAGGAGCAGGAGCCAAAAAGACCUCACAUUAAGAAGCCUCUGAAUGCUUUUAUGUUAUACAUGAAAGAAAUGAGAGCAAAUGUCGUGGCUGAGUGUACUCUGAAAGAAAGUGCAGCUAUCAACCAGAUUCUAGGCAGAAGGUGGCAUGCCCUCUCCCGUGAAGAGCAGGCUAAAUAUUAUGAAUUAGCGCGGAAGGAAAGACAGCUACAUAUGCAGCUUUAUCCAGGCUGGUCUGCAAGAGACAAUUAUGGUAAGAAAAAGAAGAGGAAGAGAGAGAAGCUACAGGAAUCUACAUCAGGUACAGGUCCAAGAAUGACAGCUGCCUACAUCUGAAACAUGGUGGAAAACGAAGCUCGUUCCCAACGUGCAAAGCCAAGGCAGCGGCCCCGGGACCUCUUCUGGAGAUGGAAGCUUGUUGAAACCCAGACUGUCUCCACGGCCUGCCCAGUCGACCCCAAAGGAGAAUUGACACCAACUUCACCCUGAGGUCACUGCUAGAGACACUGAUCCACAAAGACAAUCACUGCCAACCCCCACCCCUUCAUCUACCACAAGAGCCAAGUUCCAAAAUAAAGCAUAAAGGUUUUUUUUUUUUUUUUUCGUUUAAAUUAAAAAGCACAUGAGAAUGCUUGCAGGCCCUGAGUCAGCUGAGCAGCUUUCCUCUCCUUGUGUCCGCCGUGCACUCCCCAGAGCAUCUUGCAUCCGUACCUGUAACCUUCGGCAAGGACAGUGACUUGGCUGCCUUUGCCUGUCAUGAGCAGCGGGAGCUGGCAGCCAGCAUGUCCAUCGGCGUCCCAGUGCGGGAUUUGUGGAAGAGUUCCCUCUCUGUCUUCAUUUUUCUUUCUCUUCCUUUUUCCUAAAGCUUUUAUUUAACAGUGCAAAAGGAUGAAUCUUAUGUUUGCUUCUUUUUUUUUUUAAACUUGAAUUUUUUUUUUAAUUUACACUUUUUAGGUUUAAUUUUCUUGUAUAUUUUGCUAGCUAUGAGCUUUUAAGGAAAAUUCAAAGAUCUGGAAAAGUUUGAAAUAAAAAAUGAAAUGAAAAGAAGCCGCCUUCUUUGGGGGUGACAUCUUGUCCGUAAGGGGCUUCUCUGUGAAUGGCCUGUGACAAAUAGUGGCCUCUCCUCUAAGGUGUUCAGUCGCGCUAAAUAAAUGUAACGGCCAAAUCCAUUCUGUUGGUAGCAGUCGGCAGUACUGUUUCGUUUUAUUUUUUGUCUGAUCGCUCUUUUUAAAAAAAAAAAAAACGGUAAACCUUAACAGAUACUUUCAGUAGACCAGUUUGCAGUGAAUUUUCAUUUCUUUUCUUCUCACCUCCUUGUAAAAAGCCCAGCACUUGAAUUGUUAUUACUUUAAAUGUUCUGUAUUUGUAUCUGUUUUUAUUAGCCAACUAGUGGGAUUUUAUGCCAGUUGUUAAAAUGAGCAUUGAUGUACCAUUUUUUUUUUUUUUUAAAUAGCAAGGCACAGCCUUUGCCCCAAACUGUCAUCUAACAUUUGUCAUUCCAGUUUGAGUUAACGUGCUGAGCAUUUUUUAAAAGACGCUUUGUAAUAAAACAUUAAAAAAAAAAAUCACUU